CGUCGUUUGUCACAAUAAAUAGUGAAAUUUUAAGAACAAAUUUCUUAUUCUACCAUAAUUAAUUGCUAAAGUGUGAAAGCUCUGGCACAAGUUACUGCUGUAACCAGAAAAUUGCAUCGAAAAAAUGGCCAACGCUGACACCGUUCAAGUUAGCUCUCUUCCUCUACCACCGGCCCAGUAUAUCAAUCUGUACACCGAUGAAAACAUUCGUAAAAAUCGAGCUCCCAAGCCCCCACCGCCGAUCCAGGACUCAUACACCAUGUUCGGUAAUCCGUUCAGCAACGAUGAUAACAUUAUUAGACCACUGGAGGCACAGGGUUUCAAGCGUCUGUAUCCACAACAUUUCGACAGACGGAAGGAGCUAAAGAAACUCAACCAUUCUUUACUGGUUAACUUUUUGGAUUUAAUCGAUCUGCUUGUGCACUACCCGGAUAGUCCGCGAAGAGCCGAAAAGAUCGAAGAUUUGAGCCUCCUGUUUGUACACAUUCAUCAUUUGUUGAACGAGUUCCGUCCGCACCAGGCUCGGGAAACACUACGGGUAAUGAUGGAGCUGCAAAAGCGGCAACGAAUAGAAACGACUCAGCGCUUCCAGAACCAUCUAGAAAAGGUACGGGAACUGGUAAAGAAUGCGUUCGCCUCACUGCCGGAUCUGACCGACACGGACCGGCUGGGCGGAGCUGCGGAACCCAUGGAUACCAGUGAAGAUGGUGACGUCGGCAAGGCCCGCGGCGAGGGGUGUCAUCCACUAGACCGACUCAUGUGCGAGUUAGUGGAUAAUAUGUAAACCGACGCAGCACUAAACGUAUUCUAUUUAAGCGAUAAAAAGUGAAACAUAGAUUUGUUCGAUUUUUAAGUCGAACAUAGGUUAUUAGCGGUUAAAAUCGAAUCAUCCCGACAAGCACUUAGGCUUGUUGUUCGGUCUUUGGACAUAAGGAACGUUUAUUUAUUGUCUUGCGCUGUUUUAUCAUCUGAUGCGGCUUAAAUAUUCGGUUUAUAGUUUAUCGCAAAUUUUGUUUUCGACUUCGGUUCUACUGUUAAUCUUAAAACAAUAGCAGAAGGUCGAACGAACUUUCCUAUUAAUUAAAUAUAAAUUAU